AUGGGAACCGCCUGGGAAUUCACCACCCAGCUAAGGAACAAAAUAUACCAGUAUGCUUCCUACAAACAGACGUCCAUCUCGUUGAGACAAAUGGUCCAGUUCGGGCCCAACCCGCUGCCAGGGUCCAUCUUUUUGGCAUCGCAGUUCAUUGUGGAGGAGUUGCCCAUCCGCUUGGCCCUCAAGGUCAAAGAUCUCGACAACGCCCCCCUCGGCUUGAACGAGCUGCCCUCCACCAUCAAGGUCAAGAGCUGGUACGCCCAGAGCUUCCAGGAGUUGACAGAGUUGCCCAAGCCGGAGAUAUCGGACCACCUCAAGAAGCUCUUGUACUCCAACAACCUCUCGAACGGCAGUGUCAAGGACGUGGCCGACGAAAGCCCACUUCUCGAAGAAACCACCAACCUUGCCAGCGCUGAAUCCACCAAUCCCGCCAUCAACAACGUGUUUUCCGACGACGGUAUCGUAGUCCGCCACUCCAACCCCAGACAGCAAUCGCAAUCGUCCAAGUCCCGCAGCGAAAGCCCGACCUUUGGCAAGACCUACUUCCAUCCAUGCCCCACCAACAUCGUGUGGCCCAAAGAGGUCUACGACUACAACAAGCUGGUUUACGAUGCCUUGACCAAGAUCAAAAAGCGCCACGACGCCACCGUGGCCACCAUGGCCCAGGGUGUGCAAGAAUGGAAAAAUACCCACAAGACUGUGCAAGUCAACUCCCAGAUCCAAACAUUUUUAGACAGGUUCUACAUGUCCAGGAUUGGCAUCCGCAUGUUGAUCGGCCAGCAGGUGGCCCUCAAUAUGGCUCAGGCAUCCCCCACCAAGCAACGUAUCUCGCUGUUCUUGAACGGAUCCAAAGGCAACAACAAGUCGUCCAAGUCCAACUAUGUGGGCGUAGUAUGCACCGACUGUAACGUGGGCGACAUUGCUCAGGAUGCCAUUGACACAGCUAAGUACAUUUGCGAGGAGUUCUAUGGGUUAUUCGAGGCCCCCGAGAUCCAGUUGAUUGCUCCCCAUGAUGCAAUCAGCUUCAUGUACGUUCCAGGCCACUUGAUCCACAUGCUCUUUGAAACGUUGAAAAACUCGCUCCGGGCCACCAUCGAGUUCCAUACCCCCCGCUUGAAGGCCAAAAUGAUGGAAGAGAACCCCCAACUCAAGGAGGAAGAUAUUGACAUCAACGACUUGGAGUUCCCUCCCAUCAAGGUGAUCAUUUCUGAAGGCACCGAGGACAUUGCCAUCAAAAUCAGCGACGAGGGAGGAGGCAUUGCUCGGAGUGAGGUGCCCUUGAUCUGGACCUAUCUCUACACCACGGUCAGUGAGACCCCCGUUUUGGAGCCCGAGUACAACCAGACCUCAUUUAAGGCGCCCAUGGCCGGGUUCGGCUACGGAUUGCCCAUCUCUCGGUUGUACGCCCAGUACUUCGGGGGAGACUUGAAGUUGAUCUCGAUGGAGGGCUACGGCACCGACGCGUACCUCCACUUGAACCGGUUGAGCAGCUCGUCCGAGCCUUUGCCUUAG